GUGAGUUUCUAGCUACAUUGUCAGGAAAGUUUGAUAUAAAAUGCUAAAUGUAAUGGAUUAGCACACGAGUUGACAGAAUCUAACGCACUAUGAAUGUGGGCGUGGCUCACAGUGAGGUAAACCCCAACACGAGGGUGAUGAACAGCAGAGGGAUCUGGCUGGCCUACCUGUUGUUGGUCACCGUGCUGCACGUCGUCCUGUUGAGCAUCCCUGUCCUCACGGUGCCUCUUGUCUGGACCCUCACAAAUGUCAUCCAUAAUCUGGUGAUGUACUUAUUUCUGCACACGGUAAAGGGCACACCUUUUGAGACACCGGACCAGGGCAAAGCUCGCCUACUCACACACUGGGAACAGAUGGACUACGGCAUUCAGUUUACAUCCUCACGCAAAUUCCUCACCAUCUCACCCAUUGUGCUGUAUAUUCUUGCCAGUUUCUACACCAAGUACGAUGCCACACAUUUCCUGGUCAAUACAGGCUCUCUCCUCAGCGUCCUCCUUCCAAAGCUGCCCCUGUUCCAUGGAGUACGAAUAUUUGGGAUCAAUAGGUAUUGACUAACACAGGUGGAUAAUAUCAGAGUUAUAUUCUAUUUAUGUGUACUUUACUUGUGAGGUCCAGAGGCGGAAGUGAAUAAGAAAUGUUUGGUAACUUUAUGAGCUGUUUGAAGGGCAUUGUUGUUUUUAUUGCACAGUUCAUUUUCGCUCUGUGACUAAAAACAAAGAACCAAAAUGCACUGAACGCCAAGCUAUAUGAUUAAGUUACUGAGUGCCUCUGCUUUAUUUCAUUUAAUUUAUUUUCGUGAUGUAUGUGUGCAAUGUGCUUGUAUCCUCAAACCAUUACCAUUACUUUCUCUCAUUACUUUCUCUUUUUGUCAGAUGACAUGUAUUUGACAUUGUUUUCUAGAAAGAGCUAUAUUGUGAACGUCAUCACCUUCAAACCUAAGUCUCUAUAGGAUGACUUGUAUAUGUCCACACAUUGGAAUGUGUGAUUACAUAGUUUAGGAUAGUGGCAUCCAUAUAAAUAUAAUGUUGGAUGCCAUACAAAUUGAAUGUUGCCAGUCUUUGCAGUGCCUUAAAUGUUUCACUUGGCUGAUACAUUUUUUCCAUUUAGUUUGGUAACAAUCAAUCCAUGUGAUGACUCUUAUUGGAGGUCAAUUUCCAUGUGAGCAUUCUCAAUAAAUUAUAGUGUCUAAUAAUAAACUUUCAAUAUCAGGAUUGAUUUGUCAGUGUAAAUCUAAAUACUUUGUCUUUGUAUGGAAAUUUGGGGUACAUCCCGGGGCAUACAUCAUUGUCAUUUUGUGUACAAACACAAGUGCAGCAAAUUAAUAGAUACACCCAAGACAAAGAAAAUUGUUGCAUUGAUUGUUCUCAUCUAAUUCCAUAAUGCUCCAAGUGUGAAACCUAAGGGGAGUGUUCAGCAGUGAGUGACAACAGCAGCACAGGUGUAAAGUGACGUUGCAGGGGACUGAGGGGUCGGACCAUCAUGUAAAUUCUCAGAUUACUUGUGUAGGCGUGGCUGUGAGGAUUCUGGGAAACUCCACACACUUUAUAUGAGGCCUGUGUGGAGGGAUAUACCAAUUCCUAUGAUGUGCUGAUAGACUGGAGGGAUGCCCCCCGGUAAUAAACCUGGUAAUAUUGAAGGCUGUCAAGGUAGAAAUUGGAGUUAGACAAAGCGGGGAUGUUUGUCCCAAAAUACCAGAGGAUACCCAAUGAUGACCCUAGUAUCAGCCUUAUACCAAGUAGCCAUACCUCCUGGAUACCAUAUACAGGGGUGUAAAGUACUUAAGUAGUUUUUGGGGGUAUCUUUACUGUUUAUAUUUUGACUACUUUUACUCUACUACAUUCCUAAAGAAAAUAUGUACUUUUGCCGCCCAUACAUUUUCCCUGAAACCCAAAAGUACUCAUUACAUUUCGAAUGUUCAGACAGGACAGCAAUAUCGUCCAAUUUACACACCUAUCAAUAUAAUGCUUUGUCAUCCCUACUUCCUCUGAUCUGGCGAACUUAACACAAAUACUGUGUUUGUAAAUUAUGUCUGAGUGUUGGAGUGUGCCCGUCUGUAAAAAUAAAUAAAAAAUAACAUUUGG